UGCAGCCGUCGGUAAAGCCGAGGACGGUCGUUCACACGCGGACUCCAGCCGAUCCGUCGUUUCUGCAAACCCAGAUCGAAGCCCAGGGGCCGCGCGAGUCCCCCCUUUUGCAGCGAGCAGCUGAUUUUGUUUUUCCUUUCUGGCCAAUGGCGAGCAAACGCUCCAGAAGGGAAACUGCAUGAGUCAUCUUCUGCAGAUAAGCUGAAAUAUUAAUAGUUCUCUCUCCAGCCGCUCCCGCGCCGGAGCCUCCCUGCCAGACCCGCGGGGAGGCGGCGCGCGGCCACCUCGCUCCGAAGCCGGCCAGGCCGGAGGUGCCGAGGGGCCCAGGCUCGCGCGCAGAGCUCUCCCUCACCCGCCCUGACCGGCGCGUCUCCGGGACCGAUGGACGCGCGCGGGACCCGCCGCGCUUAUUGCCGGAGUGACCAGGACAUCACCUUCUGGAAGUAAUGCCCACAGAAAGCGGGAGUUGUUCAACUGCUCGCCAAGCAAAACAGAAACGCAAAUCUCAUAGCCUUUCUAUACGAAGAACUAACAGCUCGGAGCAGGAGAGGACGGGCCUGCCAAGAGAAAUGUUAGAAGGACAAGAUUCUAAACUGCCUUCCUCAGUUCGCAGUACACUUCUGGAACUGUUUGGACAAAUAGAAAGAGAAUUUGAAAACCUUUAUAUUGAAAACUUAGAAUUGCGUAGAGAAAUCGAGACUCUUAAUGAACGUUUAACUGCUGAAGGACAAGCAAUCGAUGGGGCAGAACUGAGUAAGGGCCAACUCAAAACAAAAGCCAGUCACAGUACCAGCCAGCUUUCUCAGAAGCUGAAGACCACUUACAAGGCCUCCACCAGCAAGAUCGUCUCCAGCUUCAAGACCACCACAUCGAGGGCCGUGUGCCAGCUCGUGAAGGAAUACAUUGGUCACAGGGACGGCAUCUGGGAUGUCAGUGUGGCGAGGACACAGCCCGUGGUGCUGGGGACUGCGUCUGCUGAUCACACGGCUUUGCUGUGGAGUAUAGAGACUGGAAGGUGCCUCGUCAAGUACACAGGCCACGUGGGUUCAGUAAAUUCUAUAAAAUUUCAUCCAUCAGAGCAGUUGGCUCUCACUGCUUCUGGAGAUCAGACUGCUCACAUUUGGAGAUACGCAGUUCAGCUGCCAACACCUCAGCCUGUUGCCGACACUAGUCAGCAGAUAUGUGGUGAAGAUGAAGUAGAGUGCUCAGAUAAAGAUGAGCCUGAUGUUGAUGGAGACGUGUCCAGUGACUGUCCUACCAUCCGGGUGCCACUCACGUCUCUUAAGAGCCACCAGGGAGUGGUUAUAGCUGCUGACUGGCUGGUUGGGGGGCAGCAGGUGGUGACAGCCUCCUGGGACAGAGCGGCGAACUUGUACGACGUGCAGACGGCGGAGCUUGUCCACUCGCUGACAGGGCAUGACCAGGAGCUCACGCACUGUUGCACACACCCCACCCAGCGGCUCGUGGUGACUUCCUCCCGUGACACGACUUUCCGUCUCUGGGAUUUCAGGGACCCUUCCAUCCACUCUGUGAAUGUUUUCCAGGGCCACACGGACACCGUGACUUCUGCUGUGUUCACCGUCGGGGAUAACGUCGUUUCAGGCAGUGAUGACCGCACUGUGAAGGUUUGGGAUUUAAAGAACAUGAGAUCCCCCAUUGCCACAAUUCGUACAGACUCUGCCAUCAACAGGAUCAAUGUAUGUGUUGGCCAAAAAAUCAUUGCCCUCCCACACGACAACCGACAAGUGAGAUUGUUCGAUAUGUCGGGCGUGCGGCUAGCACGGCUCCCCCGCAGCAGUCGACAGGGCCACAGAAGAAUGGUGUGCUGCUCGGCGUGGAGCGAGGACCACCCCGUGUGCAACCUGUUCACGUGUGGGUUUGACAGGCAAGCCAUUGGCUGGAACAUAAACAUCCCUGCGCUGUUACAAGAGAAGUAACGUCGCCGGCGCUCCUAGGUCUUGUAGUUUGCCAUGGACCUGUGACUGGUGCAGGCUUUUCUCAUAUUGAUCAGCCAUUUUUGUGAGACUUGGACCCUGAAAAGGGUGAUUUGUAUAUGUUCUUUUCACAUUGUACCCAGCUUGCAUGAAAUGUAAAGAAAAAUGUGUGGUCGUGUUUUUAUUGUCCUGUGUGUGUUGGCAUCCUCUGGUCAGUAGAAAUGCAGCCCCUCCCUGGAGCACGUCACGUGUUAUGUUACUGGCAUUUGACAGAUGACAGAGGGCAUUACAUUCGUGUGAGUUAAAUGUGAACCUGUGUACUUACUGUGAGGUGUAAGUAGUCUGUUGGUUUCUGGAGUAAUUAUACACGUCUACCUUGGCCUGGGAAGACUGCAGAGCUGCAUUUGCAUUGGCUCCUGAAGGCAGGAGUGGUCAAAGAUGUCAUGUUUACUUCCACAUGAAGUUUUAGGACGUGCUAUCUUGUAAUUCAACUUCAACUCUAUGUUCUGUUACAGUUCUGUAAGAUUAACCUGGAUUUCAGAAAUUAAAAAAAAUAGCAUGGAAUGUUGAGUUUGCAACAUUCAGAGAGUUUCUUUUGAAAAGAAAAAGUUUCUGCUCUUUUUAUAGAAAAUCAUUUUAAUCUCCUGAGGUCUCAUACUAGCAAAUUCUAAAAAAUAUAAUUAUUCUAAUCACUGAUUUAAGAUAUUAAGCAAAAUUUAAAGCACUUUAGUUUAGAGCUAUAGUUAUAAACAGUUUUUAGAAGUUUCAAAUGAUUUAUCCAUUGAAUGUGACUCGACCUUUUUAAGAAAGCCCUGCUACCUGAAAACAAAUCCUUAUGUAUUUUCUACACCUUUGGUUUGUAUAUUUCUAAAUGGGUUCACUUCCUAGGUGGUAUUUGAGAGCCAACAAUGCAAGUAAAUGAGUACUACCUCAAAAAUGUACUUGGAAAACUUGGGAGUGGGAGUCUCACUCUUGCCUAGUGAAAGCACUUUGACUUAACAGCUGGAACACAGAAUUCAGUUCAGAAGGCAGGAAAGACAGUCACAGCAGAUGUGUCCUGAAGGUGAAAGGCUCUUCCAUGAGCUUUUCAAGACCUAUUGUCUCAGUAGCGGGACACCUCUCACUGUCUGAGUGGGCCAUCACUCCUGCCUUCCUAGGAGCCACUGUUUUCUGGUGUUUGUGAGUUCAUGCUUCUUGUUGAGUUAGGGUUUUGAUAAAAGCAUCUCAGUGCUCUGUGCCUCGUAGUUUUACUCUUUAAAUGUGUCUGCUUGGAGACUGGCUUCUUGGAGAGAGGCACGAGAAGCUAACGUUGAAAAGCAUCAUGGGCGACCCCCGUUCUGUGUUUCCUGUUCUGGGGUGACACGGGAGCUGGAGCUGGCAGCUGGUGGAGUGCCAUUCAGUGAGAGGUGGUAUAAGCAGAGUGUCAGGCCAUCCUUCGCUGGGGCGUCCCUAGUGGAUGUGCCUCCUUAGCAGCUCCUUUUGCUCAGGUCCUGCAGUAGCUGAUCUUAGGAACUCCACCCCGAAUUGUUCAGAAUGAUUCUGAAAUGCUUUCCACAGCCUGGAAGGGAAGACGGGACCAGGAGAAACCAGUAAUGACAUAGUGCACUAUUGAGGUUGCUAGCUAAGGGACAAACAACAGAUGUUUUAGAGGAACUUUAUUUUCAAAACUCAAGAAUUUGUUGUAUUUUUAAAGUCUGACAGUCCUGCGACCACACUGUUUGAGAACGAAGUCAGGCCUGUCACUGAGGCGGGUUAGGACGUCAGGUGGCAGGCCCUGCUCUCCCGAGUGUUCUCAGGGCAGUUGUUGGUGGCCACGUCUCCUUUACUGCCCCACACCCUGAAGGUGUGACCACAGACGACUUGGAGUGAUAAGCUGCACGGCCACAGGCUUGUGUUCCUUUUGUGAUGUGAUUUGAAUGUCUGGGUGUCUUAGAAUCAUUGUUAGGAACAUUGAAAAACGUAUACAGAUAGCUAAGUCAAACUUAAGAACCAGAUCUCUGCCAGAUUAAAAAAAUUUGAAGCUUUUAGGUCUAUGUUUGUGAUGGCCUUUUAGUUCUGUGCAGACUAGCGCCCUUCAUGGCCAGCAGCUGCUCACCUUUUCUCGCUAAGUGGAGGGGCCACCCUCCUCACUCAUCUGCACCAGGACGGAAGGCCGCGUGGUGCUCCAAUAGCUUCUCAGGAGCAGGACAUGCUACAGCUGACUACCGCGUCGUCCUCUGACGUGAUUCCAUCCAGCUGCUGCUGUGGCCAUAGUGGUGGUGUUUUCAGGAGUCAUGAAGGAGAUGGGGAUAGUGAGUGUGUGCGUGUGCAUGGAUGUGUGUGCCUGCGUGAAUGUGCAUCUGUGCACAUGUGUGACUGACAUUGUCAUGUUAUCAGCCACAUGUCAUCUCAUCUGAAAUAGUAUUUGGAGAUGGGAGUGGUUUUGUCCUAUAUGCUGACAUGUCCAGAAUUUCAUUUGAUAAUGGAAGGAAAAUGGGUGGUUACUGAAAAACAUAUAUUGAUGGAGAAUUUCAUAGACGAGAUGCUGUUGGACAAGGCAACACUCUUUUUCUCAGCGACUGCACAUCAGUUUCUGUAGAGUCAAAAAUUCUGUACAUAUUUUGGAAUCUGAAGAAUCUUAUGUAAAUGAUUUGUUGCUUAAAUCUGUGAAAAACAAGUUUCUUUGGGGGGAAAAUAUGCAUUUAUAAGUGUUGUGUAGAAGCAAGUGUUUUUAUUGUGUUGAUGUAAUUGUUUUUAAGUGUUCAAUGUCUUCAUUGCAAUAUGAAAUUCAUUAAAAAUCCAUGUUCCGUAAUUACUAUUGUAAAAGUUUUAUGUUAUUAGGAGUCUCUUUUUUAUUGUUUUAUUUUGUGUUUUUUGUUUUGCUUUGUGAAACAUUGUUAAUGGCCGCUAAACAUCACAAUGAUGUAGAAACUGAACAAAUUAAUUAUAGCAUUGCCCACCUGAAAAAUUUGUUUUAGACUUAAAAGAUGAAUUGUGUUGUAUUUUCUUUCUGUCUGUCAUGCUAAAAUUAAAUGAUACAUAAUUAUGCUUCUCCA